AAGUAUAUGCGUGAAUCCGUUGAGAACCGUUAGCAAAGAUAUUAUAUCUUAACCAGCCCCCUGCCUCGGCCGUGUAUUUGUAUGUAGUAGUAGUUUUCUUACGAUCCGGAUAGAAACGCCAGCCACAUCCUCAGCGAUCGCCAGUCUCGUCAUUUUUCAUUUACCUCGAACUGUAAACCAAAUUAGUGUAUAAAAAUGGUUGUUGCUAAAAAGUUUAUAAUUGCUAAGCAUUUUGAAGGUGAACCCAAACCUUCUGAUUUAAAACUCGUCGAGGAAGAAUUACCACCAAUUAAGGAUGGAGAGAUUCUUUUUGAGACUGAGUACUUAUCAGUGGAUCCCUACAUGAGACCCUAUGCAGUUAAUUUUCCAAUUGGCAGUGACAUGUGUGGUUGUCAAAUCGCCAAGAUUAUAGAAUCUAAACAUGAUAAAUUUCCGGUUGGAAAAAGAAUUAGAGGAUACUAUGGCUGGAGAACACAUACGAUCUUUAAUCCCGAUAAGUGGAACCCACCUGGAUUGUUGAAGGAAAAACCAGGUCUGUUGCCCGAUUUGGGAGAUUUAUCUCCUUCUCUUGGUCUGGGUGUCCUUGGAAUGACAGGCGAUACAGCAUACUUUGGAUUUUUGGAAAUUUGUCAGCCAAAAUCUGGCGAGACUUUGGUUGUCAGCGGAGCUGCAGGAGCAGUUGGUUCUCAUGUUGGACAAAUUGGAAAAAUUAAAGGUCUCAAGGUUAUCGGAAUUGCUGGAUCCGAUGAAAAAUGCAGUUGGCUAGUUAAGGAAUUGGGUUUUGAUCACGCGAUUAAUUACAAAACUGAGGAUGUAGCAGCUGCUUUAAAAAAAGUUGCACCUGAUGGAAUUGAUUGCUACUUUGAUAACGUUGGUGGUGAUAUUUCCAGUACAGUAAUUUACCAAAUGAAUAAUAUGGGACGAGUUUCCGUUUGUGGAAGUAUUUCAUCUUACAAUUCCGACCCAGAGAAUAUUCCGCGGAGCAAAAUCCUUCAGCCGGCUUUGAUAUUUAAACAAAUAAAAAUGGAAGGAUUUCUUGUUCCACGUUGGACUGAUCGUCUUGAUGAAAGUUUUACACAAAAUAAGAAAUGGAUUCGUGAAGGAAAAAUUAAAUAUCGAGAGACUGUUACCGAAGGAUUUGAAAAUAUUUUUCAGGCAUUUACUGGAAUGUUGAAAGGGGAAAAUACUGGAAAGGCUGUAGUUAAAGUUUAAGAGUAAUUUGAAAUGUCAAAAAUGAAAUUAUGAAUUAAAUUUAGGUUCCUUUAACUCUCUAAGCAAUUAAAUUAGAACCUAUUAUAAAUUCGAAUUAAGAAUUUUUAAUUUAAGUUAUUAAUCAUAAGUAAGUAAAUCUACAUAGCUGUUUAUUUUUAUAUAUACGUGUUAAAAUAAAACUGCUACAAAAUACAACGUGAUACAG